GUUUUCUCAAAUGUCAUUUUUCUGUUACUAAUUAAUAAUAAUAAUUAUUAUGAUAUACAGUAUUGUGAGCUAAAUAAUUCAAUUAAAGUAUAUCAAACCAUCAUCGUCACCCUAGAUAAAAUUGCUUUCUUUUUAUGUAUUAUUUUCAUUCAAUACACCAACACUGCAUUGGCUAAUAAAAAUUCACCGUCCGUACUUAGCUUCAGCCAUCGGCUAUAUAAAAUCCUGUGCUGCCAGUAAACUCAGGCACUCGGUGUUUCACCUAGCAAAUCGAUUAUACCUCGGAAUCGAUAUACGUUAAACUAAUAAUUGUUACCAAAAAUACAUUAUCAUGAAGGUAUACCUCAUAAUAGCUGCAGUCGUAGCUGCUACAAGCGCACAAGAAAUAUCCACAACAGCAGAAGUGCUGCAGAAAAUAUACUACAAAUGUGUGGACAGUGAGUCAAUGAUAUCGUGCGUCAAGCCAAAAGUACUGUCGUAUUUGAGUGACGUCGUGAAUUCCGAUCGCGUUCCAAUAACUCGAGACCUCGCGAUAAUUCGGUCCCGCGAAUUCAAUGCCGAUGACAAUCAAGACUAUUUGGAGUACGAGGGCGUGGACCCUAAGAAAAAAGAACUUUUACGUUCAUUGAUGUUGGAAAAACUUGACUCGUACUUGUCUUCGCAUCGGCUGGAAGCUAAAUUACCUGAAGCUAUUGUCGGAUCUAAUAUCGUGCCGCGAUCGUUGGUCGAAUCGGUGCCUCGCAGUUUGAGUGUUUCGCUAUCAGACUCUUCCAGUGGACAAGGACGUGGUUUCGUUAAAAAAGUCAUGAUUCCUUUCUUACUGGGACUGAAAUUCAAAGCGACUGCUUUGGUCCCACUUGCGUUCGCUCUAAUUGCUCUUAAAACAUGGAAAGCACUCACGCUGGGUCUUCUUUCAUUGGUACUCAGUGGAGCCAUGCUAAUUUUCAAGCUGACUAAGCCCAAAGUCGCGUACGAAGUGGUACAUUAUGGUCACCCGCCUGUUGAACACGCGCAGCCUCACUGGGAUGCAAACGCCAAUGGACCUUACAGCGGAUACAGAAAAUAAAUUUUUUUUU